AUGGCAUCCUCGGGGCAUCAGCAGCAGCUUGCGAGGGAUCUCGACUUCCUCACCGAUGCGGCGCACCUGUUGCGGGAGACGGCGCCAGACGCGUCGGCGCACUUCAUGAGGCAUCGAGCAGACCUCAUGUUCCACAACAAUCUGGACCAGCAUGAGCUCCAACGACAGCACGUCUGCUCUGCCUGCGGACACAUCAUGAUUCCUGGGCUCGGGGAGACGACGCUGAGGCUGCAGAGGCUCAAAUCCCGCCAGCAGGACUGGAAGAAGCGGUCGACUGGCGCGGCCCGGUCGCGGGUGGAAGAGCCCGCGGCGGCGCAGGGACCAUCCAAGGAAUUGACAUGUGGACGCUGCCAUCGCGUCACGAGGGUUACUCUGGGACAACAGCCAGCAGCCGUGCGCGGCCGAGUCGCAAAGGCAUCGGCAGCGAAAAGGACGGAGCAGCCGCCAGUUACAGCAGCGUCCGUGAAGGCCACGGCCAAUGCCAGCAGCAAGAAGCGAGCCAAGAAUCGAAAAGGCGGCCUGCAGGCUCUUCUCGCUGGCCAGCAGAAGCCGGCGCCGUCUCUGUCGUUGGCCGACUUUAUGAAGAAGUGA